CAAUAGAUUUGCACAACACACAAAUUUCAUCAUUUAUAAAGUUGGCAUUGAAAACCUUGCCACCUUUGCACUCUCACCACCCAAUAAAAUCACCCCUCUUGUCUCCUCUUCCCAAUUUGCCAUUUUUUUUUCCCCCACUUUCUCAAUUUCUGUAGAAAUUGGACUUCCCUGCUCACUCUCCUUCGAGUCUCUCUUCAUCACCACCAUCUUUUCUCUCUCUCUCUCUCUCAGCACUUCCUUUCUGAGACUGAAAAGAAAAAACAGGGGACAAUUGUUCUGUUCUGCAAAACUGAUUAUUGAAUAUUCAGAAGAGGAAAACCAGUGAAAAGUGUCCCUUUUUUAAAGAAAAGGGAUUGGAGAAAAUGGUGAACUAUCAUGUGGGAUUUUUUAUUUUAGCCUCUUUUGUGGUAUUGGUGUGUGGGUCGUCGAGAAAUCUUCCGAUUGUUUCAUUUGAUGAAGGGUACUCGCAACUUUUUGGUGCUGAUAAUCUGGUGUUGAUUAAGGAUGGGAAAUCCGUUCAUCUCUCUUUGGAUGAAAGAACAGGUUCAGGAUUUGUGUCACAAGACCUUUACUUACAUGGGUUUUUCAGCGCUUCUUUGAAGCUUCCAUCUGAUUAUACAGCAGGAGUAGUUGUCGCAUUCUAUGUGAGUGAAUUUCAUCCACUGAUCACUGCUUCAUGCAAAUUUUGAUGGGUACAAGAUAUGAGAUUUAUCUAUUUGACGGGAGGAGCGUUCUUCAUCAGUUUUGAAUAGUGUUUUAUUAGAGUUAAAAAAGUGAUAAUGUCUGUUAAACUGUCUUCUUUGAUGAUUUCAGAUGUCUAAUGCUGACUUGUUUGAGAAAAAUCAUGACGAGAUUGAUUUUGAGUUCUUGGGAAAUAUACGAGGUAAAGACUGGAGAAUUCAGACCAAUAUUUAUGGAAACGGAAGUACAAAUGCUGGCCGAGAAGAGAGAUAUGGACUUUGGUUUGAUCCUUCUGAUGAUUUCCACCAAUACAGUAUUCUCUGGACCGAGGAUCAGAUCAUGUAAGAAAUAAAAAUUCUAUCCCCUCCCCCUUUUAUUGUGAAUAUUAGGAUUGUUCUGUUCUAAUUCUGUCCAAAUGGUUCCUUUGUUUGUGAUUAUUAGGAUUUGUUAUAAUUCUGGCUAAAAUUCGUUAAUUCAGCCAUAAAUUCUUGUUUUUGGUUUUGUCAAGAAUAAUUAUGAGCAAUAAGCCAAUAACUAUGUUUCAUCCGUUGGAGAAUUUGACUUGACCAAUUCAGUACACUUGAAUUUCUUAAAUGCUCUGCUUUUGGAUGUUAUACUUCCCCUGUAGGGUACUAUUAAUCAUCUGACUGUUUUAUGAACUUGGGUUUUUCUGGUUCUCACUCAAUAUGAUGAAUAGCAGUUAUGGUGGGUUUAGGAAUGCAGUAAUUUUUUAUUAUUUUUUUUCCAACCUCUUUCCACUUCAAACAAUUAUGGAACUUGGUCCAUACUUGAUCUUUAUUUGCAUUAUAACUUUUGGAGGGUUGAUCUUGUUUUGUUUGGUUUUGAUAUUGCUGUGUUGUUGUUGUUUGUUUUGUUGCAGCUUUUAUGUAGAUAAUGUCCCCAUAAGAGAGAUCAAAAGGACAGCAUCAAUGGGUGGGGACUUUCCAUCAAAGCCAAUGUCUGUUUAUGCCACCAUUUGGGAUGGGUCAGAUUGGGCUACCAAUGGUGGGAAAUACAGGAUAAAUUACAAAUAUGCACCCUACACUGCCAAAUUCUCAGAUUUUGUGCUCCAUGGUUGUGCUGUUGAUCCUAUUGAACUGUCAUCAUCACAAUGUGGUGGCAACGAUGUUGUUGUUCCGAAUUCGGAUGAUGAUUCUUCCAUCCCUACUCGAAUUACGCCUAAACAAAGAACCAAAAUGGAGAGUUUCAGGCAGAAGCAUAUGCAAUACUCAUACUGCUAUGACCAUGUUAGGUACAAGGUUCCUCCAUCUGAGUGUGUCAUUGAUCCUAAGGAAUCCCAACGCCUCCGCAAAUUUGAUCCGGUGACUUUUGGAGGCGUGGUUCGCCGCCAGCGGGGUAAGCGACACCAGAGGAGCAGCCGGCCGAGUCGAGGGGAGGCGGCAUCCUUUGACUAAAUGAAGCUUACUCUACCUCUCUGCACUGUGAAAAAUAUAUAUCAUUACUCAGUCAAGUUUUUGGAGCUUCAUUCUGAGGUUUUUUCCCCUGUGCAUACCAUAACAAGAGAAGAUAAUAAAGGAAAAUGAUGAGCAUUUUUACAUUGUUUAUUGAAACUAGAAACAGGGUAAUCAAAAUUUUACUAUUUUGUGUGGAUCAUACUAUGUAACUAUGUUAUACAGUAUUUCAUACAUUCAGUUUUGCAUUUUUUUAUAUGUAUAUAUUCUUGUUUAUGUUCUGCUUUGAGCUUUAUGUGUUAUGUGAAAAUAUGUUUUUUUUUUUCCCAUUGGAAUUCAAGUAUCAUCUCUAAAAAUUUUAAUGAGUUAAGAACAACACAAAUCAUUAUUUUUUUUUAGCAAAAUGCUUCAAGAUGAGCGUACAAAUUUUCCCAACUCAAAUUCAUCUUCAAUUUCCCCGGGGAUUGCGAGCGGAGAAAC